UUUUCGUGUUUCUCACUACCCCUUCUUCCUCUUCUUCUGGUUCGAGAGGUUGAGCCUACUUCGUCCACAACAACGUGAACAUAUCCCCAGAAUGCCCCUUUGCUUCCAUUAAAUUUUCAAGCUAUACCAUACGCCCCUAGUCGCCGCAAAAUGGUGGAACCAGUGAUACUCGACGGCGAUCUCGACGGGUCCGAGGAACUCCUCCUCCGGCCAACGCCCAAAAAUGGCGACCGCUCGUGGCGGCUGAACUUCGACGGUUUUCAGUUGUCGGAGCACAAGGAGAAAAAGCCGCCUCGUAGCCUCCAUGACUGUCUUGGAGUUUUGGCUCCUGGUCCAGAAGAUGAUGUGGCUGAGUAUUAUCAGCAGCAGGUAGAAAUGCUGGAGGGCUUUAAUGAAAUGGACGCCUUGGCAGAGCAUGGAUAUAUUCCUCGAAUGACAGAGGAGGAAAGGGAAAAGUUGGCUCGAAGUGAGACAACUGCCAUUAGAAUAUCAAAUAUUGCAAACAUGAUUCUUUUUGCUGCUAAGGUUUAUGCAUCCGUCACGAGUGGUUCGUUGGCCAUCAUUGCCUCUACACUGGACUCACUUCUUGAUCUUCUUUCUGGCUUCAUUCUGUGGUUUACUGCAUUUUCCAUGCAAACACCGAACCCAUAUCAGUACCCCAUUGGAAAGAAACGUAUGCAGCCAUUGGGAAUCCUUGUUUUUGCUUCUGUUAUGGCAACUCUGGGACUGCAGAUAAUCUUGGAGUCGGUACGCACACUAUCAUCUGAUGAAGCUGAAUUUGAUUUGACCAGAGAGCAAGAGCAAUGGGUAGUUGGCAUUAUGCUCUCGGUGACAUUGACAAAACUCAUUCUUGCUGUUUAUUGCCGCUCUUUCACUAACGAGAUUGUCAAAGCAUACGCCCAGGAUCACUUUUUUGAUGUUAUAACCAACAUCAUUGGCCUCAUUGCUGUACUCCUUGCCAAUUAUAUCAGCGAUUGGAUGGACCCAGUUGGAGCUAUCAUUCUGGCCUUGUACACCAUCCGCACAUGGACGUUAACUGUGUUAGAAAAUGUAAACUCCCUGGUUGGUAGAACAGCUGCACCAGAAUAUCUGCAGAAACUCACAUACCUCUGCUGGAACCACCACAAGGCCAUAAGGCACAUUGACACAGUCCGAGCCUACACGUUUGGGUCACACUACUUCGUUGAGGUUGACAUUGUCCUGCCUGCAAACAUGCCACUGCAAGAGGCUCAUGACAUUGGGGAAUCCUUGCAGGUGAAGCUCGAGCUCCUACCUGAGAUCGAGCGUGCCUUUGUCCAUCUUGAUUAUGAGUACAGUCACAAGCCCGAGCAUGCACAAACAUCCUCGUAGCUGGGAAGUCUCCGUGUUUCAUUCCUGUCAUUUUUCUCACGUUCCCACCCUAAAAUUCUUCUGAAUGGCCAGCAGAAUUAAUCGGCGUGGGGACAUAUGAUUAGCAAGGGUCAUAUGCAAAUGCGUCUGUAUGUAUCGAAUAUAUGCAGAAGAUACAUUCCACAUGGUGCUGACCAACAGAUUAGUACGUUAAUGGUGUUGUGUGCUUUACUUUGUCAAA